AAAAGUUGAUAUAUUUUUCCUGCAAAACCCCAAAAGGAACUAGUGCUCUCAAGUUUGGGUUUUUAAGGAAAAAGGUUUGGAUUUUUAAAGGGAAGCCAUUGUUAUAUGAGAGGGAUUAGUGUUUGAGAUUUUGGGUUUUUUUUAUUAGUGGGAAAUGUUAAGAUUUGGGACAUUUUAAAGUUUUUUUUUUCUAGUGAACCCCUCAAGGAUAUAUUUGUAGAUCGAAGAAGCAGAGCUGAAGUUUUCGAGUGCUCGAAAGAGAGUAAAGUUUCGAUUUUUUCUUUAUCAAGAUGAAGUUUAUGAAACUGGGAUCCAAGCCUGAUUCAUUUCAGACUGAUGGUGAUCAUAUCAGGUAUGUUGCAACCGAGUUGGCAACUGACAUAGUUGUUAAUGUUGGGGAUGUGAAAUUCUACUGUCAUAAGUUUCCGUUGUUAUCUAAAAGUGCACGUUUGCAAAAGCUGGUCGCGACGUCGAAUGACGAGAACGGUGAUGAACUCCACAUUCAAGACAUACCGGGCGGACCUGGAGCUUUCGAAAUAUGUGCUAAGUUCUGUUACGGCAUGACGGUCACUCUCAACGCGUACAAUGUCGUUGCUGCUCGAUGUGCCGCGGAGUACCUUGAGAUGUACGAAACCGUUGAGAAAGGAAACCUUAUCUAUAAAAUCGACGUUUUCCUCAAUUCGAGUAUAUUCCGGAGCUGGAAAGAUUCCAUCACUGUUCUUCAAUCAACAAAAUCUCUACUCCCAUGGUCCGAGGAAUUAAAGGUGGUUAGCCGCAGCCUCGAUUCUAUAGCUUCCAAGGCUUCAAUUGAUACUUCCAUGGUGGAAUGGUCAUACACUUAUAAUAGGAAAAAGCUCCCGUCUGAAAAUGGAAACAGUCCGCAAUGGAAUGGUGUAAGAAAACAACAAACCGUUCCAAAGGAUUGGUGGGUGGAAGAUCUUUGUGAGCUUCGUAUCGAUUUAUACAAGCGUGUGAUAACGACAAUUAAAACAAAAGGCAGAGUUUCGGGUGAUGUAAUCGGAGAAGCACUAAAUGCAUACACGAUGAGAAGAUUGCCGGGUUUUAGCAAGGGUAUGAUCCCAAAUAAUGAUAUAGUAAAGUAUCGGUCAUUAGUGGAGACCAUCGUGUGGCUGCUGCCAGCCGAGAAAGGAACCGUUUCUUGUAGCUUCUUGCUUAGGUUGUUAAGAGCAGCCAUUUUAUUGGAUUGUGGAGAAACAGAAAGAAACGAGUUGAUGAGGAGAAUCAGUCAGCAGCUUCCCGAGGCAACCGUGACCGAUCUUUUGAUUCGUGCUCCAGCUGAAGAAGCAACAAUAUACGAUGUCGAUAUAGUUCAUAACUUAGUCGCCUCGUUUAUGACCCACAUUUCUCAAACCGACCCUGUUAAGAAAGAAUUCCUGGAGAGUACUAGAAGUCCCAAGUUUGGACCGGAUGCUUCUAAAGUGUUGGUAGCGAAGCUAAUUGACGGCUACCUAGCUGAAAUUGCUCGAGAUCCGAAUUUACCGGUUUCAAAAUUCGUUAACCUUGCUGAAAUUGUAUCAAGCGUCUCGAGACCUUGUCAUGACGGACUUUACCGUGGCAUAGACAUGUAUCUGAAGGAACACCCGGGAAUCAGCAAAAGUGAGAGAAAGAGAAUAUGCAGAUUAAUGGACUGCAAGAAGCUAUCGGCUGAGGCCUGCAUGCAUGCUGUGCAAAACGAGAGGCUUCCAUUACGUGUCGUCGUGCAGGUUCUUUUCUUCGAGCAAGCCAGAGCCACAACGUCCUCCGGCAGUAGCACCCCCGAUCUUCCGGGGUCCAUUAGAGCCCUUCUCCCAGGAGGGUCUCACGGUAGCUCAAGGUCCACAACAACCAACACUGAAGAGGAUUGGGAUUCGGUGCCAACAGCCGAGGACAUCAAGGCUUUGAAAGGGGAGCUUACAACUCUAAGAUUAAGCGGCGAAACAAACAGAAAUGGCACGGCUAAAACCGACAUCGAAAGGGUGGCGGUGAGUAGAAUGAAAGGUUUGGCCAUGUCGAAAAUAUUCUCGAAACUCAAAUCGAGUAAGGAAAGAAACGGUGAAAUCAGCAGCAGCGAUACGUCGGAGAGCCCCGAAGAAACGAAGUCCACUCCUUCCGUAAGUAGGAAACAUUCACUGUCUUAGGUUCAGACCACACACCUUAGCAAAUGAUUUGAUGCAUAUGCCAUGGUCUGGUUUUUUGUAAAAUUCUAUGAAAAAAAUGGACAGUAGGGAAUUAGAGACGACGACUGUUGUAGCUGGUUUUACUACCACUUGUAUUAAUUUUCCGAGCAAAUGGAACGAAGCAUAUUGAAUA